CAACAAUGGUGGUGGGCAGGGCACAUCAAUUAGAUACUAUGGCGUUUUUAGUUGUUUUGUUGUUCUCUAUGGCAGCCUUGACUGCAGCUGAAUACGAGCAAUUUUCAUCUCCUCCACCUCCAUAUUAUUACAAGUCUCCUCCACCUCCAUCUCCAUCUCCUCCUCCUCCAUACUAUUAUAAGUCCCCGCCUCCACCAUCUCCUUCACCUUCACCUUCACCUCCACCACCAUCCCCAUCUCCUCCUCCUCCGUAUUACUAUAAAUCACCUCCACCUCCAACCCGGUCUCCUCCUCUUCCAUAUUAUUAUAAAUUUCCACCACCACCAUCUCCAUCUCCUCCUCUUUCAUACUACUACAAGUCUUCACCACCACCAUCCCCUUCUCCACCACCCCCAUAUUACUAUAAGUCUCCACCACCGCCUUCCCCGUCUCCUCCUCCACCAUACUACUAUAAAUCCCCACCACCACCAUCUCCAUCUCCUCCUCCAUACUACUACAAGUCUCCACCACCACCAUCCCCCUCUCCACCACCACCAUCCCCCUCUCCACCACCCCCAUACUACUAUAAGUCUCCCCCACCAACUUCCCCAUCUCCUCCUCCUCCAUACUAUUAUAAAUCUCCACCACCACCAUCUCCAUCCCCCCCUCCUCCAUACUACUACAAGUCCCCACCUCCACCAUCUCCCUUACCUCCACCUCCAUAUUAUUACAAGUCCCCACCUCCUCCAUCUCCCUCACCUCCUCCUCCAUACUACUACAAAUCUCCACCACCACCAUCUCCAACCCCUCAACCUCCAUAUUAUUACAAAUCCCCACCUCCAUCAUCUCCCUCACUUCCUCCUCCAUAUUAUUACAAAUCCCCUCCACCACCAUCCCCUUCACCUCCACCGCCAUACUAUUACAAAUCUCCACCACCUCCAUCCCUUUCACCUCCUCCUCCAUACUACUACAAAUCCCCUCCACCACCAUCCCCUUCACCUCCACCACCAUACUAUUAUAAAUCCCCACCACCUCCAUCUCCAUCUCCUCCUCCACCAUAUUACUACAAAUCCCCACCACCACCAUCUCCAUCUCCACCUCCACCAUACUACUACAACUCCCCUCCACCACCAUCAUACUACUAUAAAUCCCCUCCACCGCCCACCUAUUGAUUGAUUCCUUCAAUGCUAGGAGGCAGAACUGAUGUGGUAUGUAGCUCUUGAUCCACUCCGCCAUUGUCUUCUGAUCAGUGACAUCAUGACCAUCAUCAAACAAAGAUUUUAAAAACCAUCAAGAUUUGUUUUGAAAUAAGCCAGAUCAUCUGUUUUGAGAUCUGUGAGUGUGUUUUGUGUAAGUAUUGAGAGAAAGGCCAUUGCUGAUACUUCUCACUCAUCUCGGAGAAACCCCAUUGGGGUAUGUUCCCUAUGGCCUUUGAUGGGCCAAUUAAUUUAUUAAUCCCAGAGAUAAAAAGAUUGUA